CUCGAUCUCCAUUUUCCAACUUUCAAUCUCAACAAGACAACGAUGGCGUUCAACUUUUCGCAGAGCAACAAGGCGCUGCCGCUCAAGACCCGCAUGGGCAUCCGGGACAACAACGAGAGCUUCGAGACGUCGCUUGCCGCCAUCCGCACGGCGACCGGCAUCGACUUUGCGUUUGAGGUCCACGGCGACGUCCUCGCCUUCAGCAAGGCUAUCGACGAGCGCUACGAGGACCGCCUUGGCGAGAUUUUUUUUGGCGCGUCGUCGGGCGUCCUCCAGUCGCUCGUCACGUGCCUCACCAACGGCUGCGCCGACGAGAUGGUGCAGGAAGAUUUGCAAGACACGUGCUCGGCCAAGCUCCUCGUCUUCCGCGUCAAGCUCGAGGGCCGGCCCAGUGGCGGCCUCUACCACCCGCUCAGCAUCGAGAACGGCGUCUUGUUUGUCGAUUUUUACGCCGACGCUGUGUGGUCCAACGUCGACGAAGUCGGCUGGACCAAGCUCGAGGACGUCCCCCGCAUCACCGCAUAAGCCCUGCAUAAGUUCUUAUCUGCAUUCGAUGAGGCGAAGUUCGAAGUAAUGAAUCUCGUAUUUCGUAUCACA